AUGCCAUCCUCGGACGAUCCAGUGAAUGGGGCUAUCUUCGGCGAAGGAGAGUCCUGGGCUAACAUCGCAAUGAUUGGAAUAGCCUUCAACCGACUCCCUACUGCUGUAAAAGAUUCAUUUAGUUUAGACGACAAAGAAGCAUUGUCUUCAUUGAAGCGGUGCGCGAGGGCCGAAGUCUGCGAACGGGCUUCCCUCCACACCUGUGUGAUAGCAGCUGAAGCUGCAUGGCGAAGUGCCUUCCCAUCCUUAACAUGCAAUACAGCCGAGUCAUCCAAUCUAGAGAGAGAGUUAUCUAAUGGUGCCGUGACGGAACCGUAG